ACCUAAUUCUCUCUCCUUUUUUUUUCCAGUUGGAUUUCCCGUUUCCACUAUUAAUAUCGAUGGUCUUGAAAGUGCCCUAGGAUUCAGAUAUUUCCAAGAAGCUCUCUGUCAAUGAACAACUCAAGACCCUCCUCACUGAUCUCGGUUUAAUGCAGACAGCUUGAUAUUACGCAUCCUUACUCCAAGUUAAAUGAAAAAACAAUUUUCUCAAAUCUUCCAUGAAGCUCAGUUGUUGCCUGUUAGCUUUGAUUGUUAGUGCUAGUCUGCCUGCUGCUUUUGCACUGGAAAAUGUAGCUGCUAACAGGACAAUUACACCUGGGUCAAGAUCCAUUUCUCUGACUGCUUCACUUCAUCCAGUCUUCCGAGUCUUGGCAAAUUCUGCAGCACGUCAUGAUAUCAUAGCAAAGGAGGGGGCCAGUGCUUUAAUUGAAUGUAAACUGAACAUCAGCCAGUAUGAAUUUAUCCUUUGGUACAAUUCAAAAGCACAGCUGCUCAAUGAAAGAGAUGAAGGUGGAAGAUGGUUGAUCAUUGACGGAAUCCUUAACAUUACCAGUGUAACUUUUGGUGACCGCGGGCGGUACACCUGUGCAGCCAUUACUCGUAAUGGCACCGCCUACUACACAGUCACCCUGAGGGUUAUCUUCACAUCGGGGGACAUGAGCAUCUACUACAUGAUUGUGUGUCUGGUUGCCUUCACAAUCAUCCUCAUUUUAAAUAUCACCCGUCUGUGUAUGAUGAGCAGCCACCUCCGCAAGACAGAGAAGGCCAUCAAUGAGUUCUUCAGGACAGAAGGGGCUGAGAAGCUUCAGAAAGCCUUUGAGAUCGCCAAGCGCAUUCCUAUCAUCACAUCUGCCAAAACCUUAGAGCUGGCCAAAGUCACCCAGUUUAAGACCAUGGAAUUUGCUCGAUACAUUGAAGAGCUUGCCAGAAGCAUCCCUCUCCCACCUCUGAUCCUGAACUGUAGGGCAUUCAUGGAGGAGAUCUUCGAAGCAGUGCGAGUUGAAGAUCCUGAUGAAGUUGGCGAGGAAACCAAACAGACCCAGGCCCUUACUACCCAAGAUGCAAUCUACCCCAUCAACCCAGAGCUCAAGCGCAGUAAUUCACCAGCAGGGGACUCGGAUGAUGGCUCCAUGAAUGAGCAGGGUCAAGAAAUAGCAGUCCAGGUAUCGGUCCACCUUCAGUCAGAAAUACAAAGCAUUGACACUGUUUCCCAUGAGAGCUGCAAUUCUUUACCUUCCGAAGAAGAGGUCUGCUGAAUCCAGCAAGAUGGGAUUAUUAAAGGUGCAUCUGAUUUCUGUAGGGCGUCAAGAGAAAAGGAACCAGAGUCAAAUGUGCACAAGAAAUAAUGAAUUUUUUUCCAGCAUCUGAGGUGCCAAAGCUAUUCCCUAAAUCUGUGCAUUUCCUCAUCUGUUUCUCAGUGCUGAUCUAUAGAUUUAAAGCCUGCUUAGAUGAGGCCAUUUGGAAUACUCCUUCGCAGCAAUUUUGCAAAGCAAACGUACUCCAUUGGAAGCAUUUCACAAAGGGGAUGAGUCACACUCAAUUUCUUGGUCGCCUCAGUUACUGUAUCAGAGGUGGCUAAACUGAGCUAAACUCCUGCCAAAGAAUCCUUUCCUUGGUGAACUGUUUCUUCAUCUGCACAAAGAAAUCUGAAUUCUUUCAGAUUCAGAUCUGCCUGCAUUCUUGUCAUGACGAUUUGAGAGGUGUGCUCUUUUGGAAUUGCCUCUUGAUGUGUGCAGCCCAUCAAAACUAUGGGCUUCGGCAAAUCUGCUUCGUGUAUUUUGCUUCUGUGUUGCCAUCACAAUGUACUGUACUUAGAAUAAGGAAUAGUGCCAGACUGUGCAUCUGGAUUAAAUUGUCAUUGUUUCAAAGCAGUUUAUGGAAUAACCAGGGCUCUCAGGUUUUGAUGAUUCUGCAGAAACUUACCAAAAUGCUGUUGUAGUAUAUGGAAAAUUAAAUCUUGAUUUUUGCCAUAAUCAGCACCAUGGUUAAAUGACCAGUAUUGCUAGAUGCCUUACCCUGUUUCUCUUUUAUAUGGCAGGACAGGAAGACAGCACUGCUGGUAUUAUCUGUCCCUGAACCUUAUUGACUUUACUCACUGCAGAAAAUCCAAAGGAUUGUGGUGUAUUUGACAUUGCCAUGAGCAAGGGAUGACGAGCUGGUAGUUGGUUGUCCUAAA